UUUGAGGACGAGUGACGUGGGUGUGGGCGGGCUGCGGUGUUGGCAAUGGCAGGCGGCUCCCGGACUUGGGCAUCAGCCGAGGUGUUAGUUAGCGGGCACGAUGUGGCAUGUACUGGCUGCUGGAUCUCUCUUCUUCCCGGGGCUCUAUCUAUUGUGUAGUCGCUGUGCCCGCUUGGCCCUGCCGGGAUGGUCGGAGGCGGAUUGCUCGCUCAUCAGCGCCAGAAUAGUCUCCUCUGUCCAAGGGGUUCUUGCUGCUGUCUCUGGCAUCAUUGUUAUUACAUCCUGCAAAGAUGUGAAAUUUGACAGGCAUUGGCUGGCUACAUCUUAUAUUUGGUUCAUAAUCCCAUACAUGGUGUAUGAUACUUACGCAAUGUAUCUUCGUCACUGGUACAAAUGUAGAGACAAAAGCACGUCAAAUGGGAAAGAUCACUUUUCUGCCGCAAUAAACAGCUUACUACGGAAAGAUUUCCUCUUGCUGGUUCAUCACACAGCCAUCUUGACUAUCCUUAUUCCUAUAGGACUGUUUUUAAGAAGAAACAUUGGAGAUUUCUUUGUUGGCUGCCUGUUUGUGGCAGAAAUGAGUACUCCAUUUGUAGCACUCGCAAAAGUUUUAAUACAGAUGAAUUUGCAGAACUCCUUCAUGCAUAAAGUAAAUGGCGCACUUGUGCUCCUAACGUUUUUAAUCUGCCGCAUCCUGCUUUUUCCUUUUAUGUACAAUGCCUACGGGAAGCAGUUUGGGAUUCCAUUGUAUAAAGUACCUUUCAAAAUUCCUCUGCACUGUAACAUUAUAAAUGCCACCAUUAUGGCUCCACAGAUAUACUGGUUUUGGCUCAUUUGCAGAAAAGCCUUAAGACUGUAUACCAAUCCUAGCUCCAGCAAAGAGAGAUAACAUUUACAUGUAUGACAAUGUCAUGCCACAUAGCAGUCUUUUUAUUUGGCAAGUCAGGUCGCUUUUAAGGGAUUGGACUGACGGUACUGCAAACAACUGCGUCAAACUGGUCCAGACAGGCCACACAGACUACUUGAUAUGUAUAAAAACAAUCAUGGAAAUUUGUUACAAACCUAUAAGCUAAUGCAAACACUAUUUUGUCCGAUUUUAAAAAAGGAGGUUUUGUAAGUAACAACGGGGAUUUCUACAUCAGUAUUGCACUAUUAUUUUUAUAGCUAAAUUGCCAAGUGUUUGAGUUGUAACUGUUUAUUAUAAUUGCAGAGAGUAAAUGAUUAGAAGUAAAUUAGAGAG